CUAUAAAGAACUUUGCAUGGAUUGAUCCCAACCCAUCUCACCUCAGUGGUUUUCUUCCCUUUCUUCAACUCUCUCUCAAGCCAAAGGCCCCAAGAAGAUGAGCUUCCUGAGUAUGGUGGAGGCAAGGCUUCCGCCGGGCUUUCGGUUUCACCCUAGUGACGAGGAGCUUGUUUGCGACUACCUUGUCGACAAGGUAUUCGGUGGCGGUCGGCUCUGCUCCUUGAUGAUCGAAGUCGACCUCAACAAGUGCGAGCCAUGGGAUCUUCCGGAAAUGGCAUGUGUGGGCGGAAAGGAAUGGUACUUCUUCAGCCUCCGCGAUCGGAAGUAUGCAACGGGGCAACGAGUUAACCGGGCAACUCAAACCGGGUAUUGGAAGGCGACAGGGAAAGAUCGACUAGUGAGCCAUCAAGGGAGACUUGUCGGCAUGAGAAAGACAUUAGUAUUCUAUCGAGGAAGGGCGCCAAAAGGAAAGGAAACCGAAUGGGUGAUGCAUGAAUUCAGAAUGGCCGGGUCUCUUAAUCCCCAAAAACUGACCAUCAAGGAAGAUAGAGUGCUGUGCAGAGUAUUCCACAAGAAGAGGGUCAGCUCCAAGCCAAGCAUGGAAGCUGGCAAUGACGACGACAACAUAGCCAUCUCAUCUCUCCCUCCCCUCGUGGAGGUCUACAACAUCACCGAUGAACAAGCUCCGGUGGCAUCGCAAGGACACCAGCAAGUGACCUGCUUCUCCAGCCUCAGCACUCCUUCAGCACCAAUUUCUGAUGUCGAGAGAAGCCUCCAACUCAGAAUUAAGACUUCGGCCGAGGUCACGGGCAUGCGCUCGGUGUUGAGCCACUUCAGCAAGAGGGAGAGCAGUCCAGAGGGAGAGGGAGAGGUUCUUGCAAGCGACUACAUUACUCAGAACGGGCUGUUCCCGUUCAUGUGGAAUGCCUUUUGAGUUAGCUGUUGGUAGUUUCUUAAGCAAAAGGUAGAUGAUCUAAUGAAUUUCCAAUGAUUUGGUGAGGUUUAGAUGUUUCCAUGGCAUUGUGAAACAAAAUUGUGGUUUGGAGAGAAGUGUUUGUGUUUGGUA